AUGUUAUUGAGAGAAACUUGUCCACAAGGCUUUGACUGGGAUGAUCAACUUCCUGAAACACAUCAGAAACGCUGGCAGAAUUGGAUGGAUGACCUGAAUCUGUUAAAUGGAUUUCAAAUUCCCAGAAUGUAUGUACCAAGUUCUUACAGUCAGAUGAGGGUACGGGAAGUAGCCAUCUUUUCUGAUGCUUCAGAGAAGGUGGUAGCUGCGGCUGCUUAUCUGAAGACAAUGGAUGACCAGGGUCAACAACGUUUGGAGUUCAUUAUUGGCAAAUUCAAAUUGGCGCCUUCAGCUGGAAACAGUAUACCACGUUUAGAGCUCUGCGGGGCAGUUUUGGCGACAGAAAUUGGGCAAUUCCUUGCAGAACAGCUUGAGAUACCUCUGACUGAGAUGAGAUAUUUUGUGGAUAGCAGGGUUGUUUUUGGUUAUAUAAAGAAUGACACACGGAGGUUUUACACCUAUGUUAGCAAUAGGGUAGCCAGGAUUCGUCACAUUACCUCACCAGAACAAUGGAAUUAUGUGCCGACCUACUUAAAUCCUGCAGAUGUUGCUACAAGGGGUGUGUCACAAGACAUUUUGACGGCCAUACAAACAUGGCUGAAAGGACCCGAGUACGGUACAUCUUAA